UUUUGGUUGUCAGGAGCAAUGGUCACUCUUGUGCUAACAUUUAAAGGAAGACAAUCUGCUGCAGCAUUUUCUCUGUCCAAUCACAUUAGGGAAAUGACAGGUCUGUGAUUGGACAGCAAUAGAGAGGUGGAACUAGGGUUGGAGGAGGAGAAAGGUCAGAGGAGCAGGAGAGAGGGCAACAACAAUCGAUAAACAUUUCAGCAAGACUUGUGUAUGUUUUGAAGGUCUUACCUGCUUCUAAUUGUGUUUUAGGACUGUAUAAAUCCUAAACCAAAGCAACAUUUAUAUUUAUUUAUAUUUGUUUUCUGUAAGGUAAAACACACAGGUACCUGUGAAAGACAUUAGUUAGUGGUGCCACUCAUUCUGAAAAGGGAAAUAUUCAAUCAGCGUGUUUUCAACCUCACAUCUUAAUUCUGCUUUUGCCAGUUGUGUGUGACGCCACAUCCUGACAUCAUCCAUGCUGUUUGGAGUGCUGUUUAAAUAUCUCACAUUUGUUAGUGUGUUCUCUGGCUUCUAAAAAUCUGUUGAAAUCUCUGAGGUGUCUUGCAUUACCAAAUGACCACAGAAUAUUUUGCAACAAAUCAAUGGAGAGUUAAGACUGAAUCCUAAGAGGCCUGACUCCAGUCCUUCCAUCAUUCAUUAACCAUAUUACAACUUGAUUUCAUUUCUGUUUCUUUCUGUUUUGAGGUUUUGGUGAAGAUAUUCCUGAAGAAUUGUCCAAGGUUCCCUCUGCAAAAAUGGCCAAGCUGACAGCUGUUCCUCUCAGUGCACUUGUUGAUGAGCCCGUGCACAUCUGGGUCACAGGCCUGGCUCCAUUUCAGGUGGUGUGCCUUCAGGCAUCACUGAAAGAUGAGAAGGGAAACCUGUUUAGUUCUCAGGCCUUCUACAGGGCCAGUGAAGUGGGUGAGGUAGAUCUGGAGCGUGAUUCCUCACUUGGAGGAGACUAUAUGGGGGUCCACCCCAUGGGUCUUUUCUGGUCCUUGAAACCUGAAAAGCUAUUGAGUAGAUUAGUAAAAAGAGAUGUGAUGAAUAGCCCCUAUCAAAUCCACAUAAAACUUUGCCAUCCAUCCUUUCCAAUAAAAGGUGUAGUUGUCAGUCCUCCAUUGGAUAGCUUGAUUCUGGAAAGGUGGUAUGUGGCACCUGGUGUCACGAGGAUUCAGGUAAAGGAAGAUCACAUCCGAGGAGCCCUGUUUCUGCCUCCAGGAGAAGGUCCUUUCCCAGGGGUUAUUGACUUGUUCGGAGGUGCUGGUGGACUGAUUGAGUUCCGGGCCAGCCUCCUGGCAAGUCAUGGCUUUGCCACCUUGGCUCUGGCUUACUGGGGCUAUGAUGACCUGCCCUCUCGACUGGAGAAGGUAGAUCUAGAGUAUUUUGAAGAAGGUGUAGAGUUUCUCCUGAGACAUCCUAAGGUCCUGGGCCCAGGUGUUGGCAUCCUUUCUGUAUGCAUUGGAGCAGAGAUUGGACUUUCUAUGGCUAUUAACCUAAAACAAAUAACAGCCACUGUACUUAUAAAUGGGCCUACUUUUGUUACUAGCAAUCCACAUGUGUAUCGUGGUCAGGUCAACCCGCCUACACCCUGUAAUGAAGAAUUUGUACAAACCAAUGCCUUGGGACUUAUAGAGUUCUAUCGAACCUAUGAGGAAACUGCAGAUAAGGAUAGCAAAUAUUGUCUUCCCAUUGAAAAAGCUCAUGGACAUUUCCUUUUUGUGGUGGGAGAAGAUGAUAAGAAUCUCAACAGCAAAGUGCAUGCUAAUCAAGCCACAGCACAGCUGAUGAAAAAUGGGAAGAAGAAUUGGACUUUGCUGUCUUACCCUGGGGCAGGUCACCUGAUUGAGCCUCCCUACUCCCCAAUGUGCCAAGCCUCAAGGAUGCCCACUGUGAUCCCAAACAUCAACUGGGGAGGAGAGGUUAUCCCACAUGCAGCUGCACAGGAGCAUUCUUGGAAGGAGAUACAGAAAUUUCUCAAGCAGCAUCUCCUUCCAGAUUUGAGCAGUCAGCUCUGAGUGGAUUUGAUUAUAUUACUGGAAAUGGAGCUCGGCAUCUCUUGGUCAGCACCAUUCCUGACUUCCAUAGAGGAAUGUCUUUGAUCUCUUAUCAAAUGAAGAAGGAGAGUACCACAAGAAAAUACAGGAGGAUGGAGAAUGACUUUGGAAGGGGAAAUAUGUUUUCCAUGGAAUGAAAUGUCACACAGUGAGAGCCUUAUAUCUGUAUAAAUAAAAUCUUAGGUCUUUCCUAAAAUGUUCAAAAUCAUAGCAACUUUCUAUAAUGAUAAUUAUCCAGGAAAUUAUACAGUGAUAACCCACAGAAUAGUUGGUUUAUACAAGAAAUAUGAAAAGAAUUAUAUAUUGUCACUUAUAAUUUCUUAAAACAUUAAAUUUUCUCAGAUCA